UUUUCAAAAAGAUACCGCGUGCUGAAGUGUAUAAAUACAGCGUCUCUGUGAAGUUUGGUUUUAAAUUUUACACCACUCCAGUAAGAGAAAAGUAACUGCAACCCACGACUUGAAAGAUAAUGCUUCUUGCUAUGGCGCCAAAUGGAGAAAUGAUGACCAGAUUUCUGCUAGCGGCUCAUUUCUUAUUACUAGCGGUGUCAAUUGUAAAUGCUCGCGUGUAUUUCAAUGGCGAGGACGAGACAAAAUCAGGGUUGUUGGAGCUAUCAGAGUACGGGGAAAAUGAGAAAGUAGACGGCACGGAAGAUGUUGACGGACAGCAAGUUGAGGACCGACAGUGGAAGGGAGAAGACCAGUGGAAGUCUGGUUUGUAUGCCGCUCAGCGUAGCUUGCAAUCAUACCCUAACACAGCCAAGAGAUCAUGGCCACAAACUGGAAUGUACAACAAGCAGAGCACCAACUGGCUUCGUGCACUGGCUCAGGAACCACGCUGGCAUAGUGCAAUGGCUAAGAGGCAGCUGUGGGCCAAUCAGCAGUCCGGGUUGUUCGGAAAACGCGAGGCCGAUAUGGAACGAACUCUCCCCGCGUGGAAUGUGAAGAGAUCGGCGGAGGAGCGAGAAUUCGCGAGACAGAGUCGAGGUGGAGGGGUACCCCAUGUGUUUCAGAGUGGCGGCAUCUUUGGGAAACGCUCGAGUGAUGACUGGGCCAAGAGAUACGAAUAGAAUCUUUGAAUAGAAUGUGAGAUUUGUUCAAGCUGUGACGUAACAGUGACGUGGUUCGUGCUGAUUUGGGCAACUCACCAGGCAUCGAAAGGACACAGUUUGUACCGAACACAACCCCAGAACACCAACGCACCAUGACGGCAAACACAAUCUUAAUUCAAUCACACGCUGUCAAUUCCUUCAGUCAACCUUCAUUGAUGUCAUUUCAUCAAUGUCAUUUCAUCACUAGAAAUUAUUUUUGAUAAGUUAUUGUCUAAAAGUUUUUUUUAAUUAAUUAUAGCAAUUUUGUCAUCCGUUACAGUGGCCCACAUAAAAUAGUCAUAAAAACAUCUUCUUCUUUUUUGAGGAGUAAAUUAAUUUACCUCCUCCAUUGUACUUUCCAACAUUACACACAGAAAUUGCUACAAGUAUAUCAAUUUUGGUAACAAUGGGAGAUUUUUAGAUGCUAGGUGGCGGCAGACUUACCAGAUAAAUUUCCAUUGUUUACGUAGUUCUGAGCGUGCGCACAUGACCGAGAACAAUGGAUUUUAACUGGUAAGUCUGCUGCCACCAAGCGUCCCAAAAGUAUCCCAUUGAUAGUGAAAGGGUAGACGGCCUUAGCUUUUGAUCCAAAGCGGACCGUUGGACCUUCUGCAGAGGCACAAACAAGCACAAUCAAAUACAUAUCCAUUUAUAGCAAAAAGAGGAGCGAAGGGUUAUGGAAAGGUAUCCAGAAAAAAACAGUAGUUGUAGCCAACCAAAGUCACUAAUUUAUCAUGUAUAUAUAAAUGUAUAUGUUUUGCAAAACUUAAAGCUAUGCAUGGUGGAAAACAUUUAAAAGGGUUUGCGGUAACACAAUUGUAUUAAUGAUUAGUUAUCAUCUCUUAUUGGCAUUCUUUAAGAACUGGUUCGUAAUUAGAGCCUUUUGAGUAGUUGUUUCUGUGAGAAGAACCGGUUUAUAGUUAUUUGAUGAGAGCUGGUUUGUAGAUUGGUUGUGAAUGUGAGAGGAACAUACUAUAGUAAGAGCUCGUUUGUACACUCUUUUGAGUAGUUAGUUCCGGCAUUGGGAAGAACCGGUCUAUACUCUGAGAACGUUGAGUAUAGAACCGGUUUAUAUGUUCAGACAAGAACUGGUUUGUAGAUUGAGAACUUUAAAUAUAUUGUGAGUAGUUGUGCAUGGGUGUGAGAAGAACUGGUUUAUAGUUGCUCUGAUAAUAUCUGGUUUGUAGAUUGCGCAAGUUAGAUUUACCUUUUAGUAAAGGUUGUUGUUACACAAGAAGAACCGGUUAAUAGGCUUGUUUAUACUAUUUUGAGUACUUCUGAAUGUUAUAGAGUAAAAAAACACUCUUUGAAGAGCUAUAUGAAGAAAAUUCUUUUUCGAGUGGUCCUUCACUCUUUUAGAUUAAAUUGUGCAUCUUUUUGAGUGAUUUUUCACUCUGUCCUGGAGUGAAACCCCUCUUGAAGAGUGAAAUAAUCACCCAUCUUUUUGAAGAGCCGUAUGGAGGACAGCUCGAAAUGUAAAGAGUGGCGUUUUUCACUCUUUUACAUUUAGAGAGUGGCAUUAAGAAGAACCGGUUUACACUUCGAGUUCCUUGAAGUAUAACAUGGUUCUUCUCAGCGUCAUCACUACCAAUAGAGAUUUAUUACAAUGGUGUUACUACCUCAAACCCUUAGUACGUUUCAUUGGUGAAUUCAUGCACUUUCAUGAUUGGUGUAUUAUUAUUGCAGCUUUUAAUUUAUAAGCAACGGUUACAAUAUUUCACAUGGAAAUAUUUCUCUGGAGGAUUGUAACUAAUGGAGUUUGUUUCUCGAUAACUACCAAUCACGUCCUUUGCUUUUAAAAAUACUAAUGACUGGGUUUGGUGUGGCCUUGCUUUGAUGUUGAACUAUAUAUUAUUGCAGCAAUGACUGUUCUUGUCCAUUCGUAAGAUAUAAAGACCAAUGACUCACAAUUAUAUUCUUCAAUUAAUUAUAUUGGGGAACGACUUAAAAUAACAAUUUGGUAAUGUUACAGUACUGGGUGGGUAGACUGAAUAAGGGAUGUUGUAUGAGCGGGGAUCAAAGCUGCUCGUUUUAAACUGUAUUCCGGGGUGUUUUGUUUUUUUUUGUGUUUUUUUUACAUAAUACAUUUGUCAGAUUGACCAGUGCUAGCCUAGAAUUAGCGCCAAGCUAGGCCAUCAUAACGCCAAUCACACAUUGUAACCAAUUUACUUAUCUUACAACAAGAAAAUCAAAUCAUAGGCCUUCAAAUUCUUUAACAAAAUUAAACGACCGCGAUAAUUUCAAUACCCUUUUUCUCAGCUUUGUCUAGGUUUAAUACGUUAAGUUUUUGUUGUAACCUUACUCAGAUGUGCAUUAGCACUGUAUACUCCAUAUUACCGCCAGUCCUGUGAAAAAAAAUCACAGGCAUAUUACUCGGAAGGGACUCGAACCAACCACCUUUAAAAUUCUAGAGCAGUGUAUUUCUACCAAC